UUCUUCCUAUCACCUCUUUCCUUCCGCCCUCCUCUUUUCUUGAACUACUGAUAAGAUGGCACCACCGGUGGCAAUGACCGAAGCAGUCUGCUGCAAUGAUGAUGUGGUCAUCAGCGGUACCGUGCAGAAGAGGGCGUACGUCACGUUCUUGGCUGGGACCGGCGACUAUGUGAAGGGCGUGGUCGGCCUGGCCAAGGGGCUGAGGAAGUCGAAGUCGGCCUACCCUCUUGUCGUGGCGUGUCUGCCCGAUGUGCCGGAGGAGCACCGCCAGAUCCUCGAGUUGCAGGGCUGCAUCGUCCGCGAGAUCGAGCCAGUGUAUCCGCCCGAGAACCAGACUGAGUUCGCCAUGGCCUAUUACGUCAUCAACUACUCGAAGCUUCGCAUUUGGGAGUUUGUGGAGUACUCGAAGAUGAUAUACUUGGAUGGAGACAUUCAAGUGUUUGACAACAUCGACCACCUCUUCGAUGGCCCCGACGGCUACUUCUAUGCCGUUAUGGACUGCUUCUGCGAGAAGACCUGGAGCUCGUCCCCUCAAUACAAAAUCGGGUACUGCCAACAGUGCCCUGACCGAGUGCCGUGGAUCCCGGAGCUCGGCCCGCCCCCGCCGUUGUACUUCAACGCGGGCAUGUUCGUGUACGAGCCCAAUCUCUUGACCUACCAUGACCUGUUGGAGACCCUCAAAGUCGCCCCUACCACUUCAUUUGCUGAGCAGGAUUUUCUGAACAUGUACUUCAGGGACAUAUACAAGCCAAUUCCUCCAAUAUAUAACCUUGUUUUGGCGAUGCUGUGGCGUCACCCGGAGAACGUUGACGUCGACCAAGUGAAGGUUGUCCACUAUUGCGCGGCGGGGUCAAAGCCAUGGAGGUACACUGGGAAGGAAGAGAACAUGCAGAGGGAAGACAUCAAGAUGCUGGUGAAGAAAUGGUGGGACAUCUAUGAGGAUGAAGCUCUGAACUACAAGAACGCCACUUCGGACAGCUCCACGAAGUUCGGCCCCUUCAUUGCUGCUUUGUCCGAGGCCGACGCCGGCGUUCACCAGAGAACUGCUCCAUCUGCAGCUUAAACCUAUAAUUAACAACCAUGGUUAUGACCUUCUUAUGUUGCUCUAGCUUGGCUUCCUUUUUCCGUUUUUUUUUUUUUUUGUACCUUUUCUUGGACUUUGGAUGCUAGAGGAGAAAAAAAAUGUCAUGAGCUGUGUUGAAUAUGUAAGCUGCCACCCAUGGCAUAACUUCUAUGCGAAUAAAUAAAUAUGAAAUUUUAUAAUA